GUUGUCACUAUGCUGUCACUUUAAAAUGAAAAUUAGGCUAUGAAUUUGCGUAUUUUUCCAAUUUUCCAUUGGAUAAAGAACAACAAAACGGGGAUUUUGAUGGUGAAUAUUUGUGUGGGAAAUCCGUUUUCUUCUCACUAACAUGUUUUAUUAAAUUCUAAUUCAAAUUAUACGCGAAAAAGUUUUCAACGUAUUCGUACUAUUUACCCCCUCAUAGAGAGCAGCUGAGCUGAUAGAUACAAAUUACUGGGAGAAAAAAGGAAUUUCUCUAUUUUUAGCACGCGAAAAAGUCGCCUCGUCAUUUCAAGUGUAUUCAACAAAAAUGUCUUUGAAACCCAGGCAGAUGGACUUUAACACCACCUGGGGGGCCAUCAGGGACACCAUCAGUGGGGUUAUUACUUUAGAUCAUGUUCCUAGAACUGUAUGGAAUGACAGAUUUUCGGAUGUUUAUUCUCUGUGCGUGGCUUAUCCGGAACCUUUAGCGGAUCGAUUGUACGCUGAAACCAAGCAGUACUUAAUCGAUCAUGUCGCUCAUUUGCUUAAUAAGGUACAAGAAGAUGGCGAGCAGAAUUUGGUUAAGAAUUAUUACCACUAUUGGUCGAGAUAUUCUGUUGGAAGCCAAUACUUGCACAGUUUGUACUUGUACUUGAACCAACAACACAUAAAAUCCCAAAAAUUGUCUGAUGCCGAAAUUAUUUAUGGCAGCGUGGAUCCUUCCAGUGCAAAUCAAGGAGAUCAAAUGGAAAUAGGAGAGCUUGCCUUACAAAUCUGGCAAUCGAACAUGAUUCUCCCUUUGGGGCAUAGGCUUGUGAAGCUCCUACUGGAAGCGAUUGACUUAGAUAGGGCCGGACAGCCUCCGGCGAUCCCUUUGGAAGCUGUCAGGGGUACAAUUUUGAGCUUCGUGGAGGUCCAAGCUUACAAGAAAAAGUCCCAACUGGAACUUUACACCGGUUUAUUCGAGGAUCCAUUUUUGAAUGCUAGCGGGGAGCAUUUUAAGAGGGACGCCUCCCUUUUGUUGCAAGAAAAGAAUGUUAGUUUAUACAUGGAGAGGGUCAAAGGGAAGAUGGAGGAUGAGCUUUAUAGGGCCAGGAGGUUUUUGCAUAACAGUUCUUUGCCUAAGGUGGCCAAUAGAUGCGAGAGACACAUGAUCGAAGAUCAUCAACAGUUUAUUUACAGCGAGUGUCAAAGCAUGGUAAAGAAUGAGAAGAAGAAGGAUUUAUCAAAUAUGUACGACCUGCUUAAGAACGUGGCCAAUGGUUUGGGCACUUUAGUAGAUACGGUGUUUGACCAUAUUAAAAAUCAAGGAUUAUCUGCAAUUCAUAACUUGCAAGGCGAAUCGAUCCAUAUAAAUUUUGUGGAGAACCUGCUGGCUGUUUAUGGCAAAUAUAAGGCUUUGAUCAAGGAGGUUUUUAAGUCCGAUCAGAAUUUUAUGGGUGCAUUGGAUAAGGCCUGUAAUUCAGUUAUAAACCAUCGACCGAACGACGGAAGAUCCCCCUGCAGGAGUCCGGAACUGUUAGCGAAAUACUGCGACACCCUUUUAAAGAAGAGCAGCAAAGGCAUCAGCGAAACCGAAGUGGAAAAGAAACUGUCGGAGAGCAUCAUCAUCUUCAAAUAUAUCGACGACAAGGACGUCUUUCAGAAGUUCUACUCUCGUUCGUUGGCCAAACGAUUAAUCCAUCAACAAACGCACAGCAUGGACCUCGAGGAGGGAAUGAUUAACCGGCUAAAACAGGCUUGCGGCUACGAGUUCACGUGCAAAUUGCACCGGAUGUUUACGGACAUGUCCGUGUCCGCGGACUUGAACAAUAAAUUCCAGGCGUUUAUCAAGAAGGACGACAUCGAUUUGGGGAUAAAUUUCGGGAUUUACGUGUUACAGGCGGGGGCGUGGCCUCUGGGUCAGGCGGUCGUCACUCCCUUCUCUUUGCCCCAACAGUUGGAGAAAAGUGUACAAAUGUUCGAGACUUUUUACCACAACGGCUUUAACGGGAGAAAACUCACGUGGCUCCAUCACUUGUGCCAAGCAGAACUAAAAUUAGGUUAUUUAAAGAAACCAUACGUAGUAACGGUGCAAACGUUCCAAAUGGCGAUUCUGCUCUUAUUCGAGAAGGUCGACGUGUUAUCUUGCAAAGAGAUCCGGGAAACGUUACAAUUGAACGCGGACCAGUUCAAGAGGCACGCGAUCAGUUUGGUCGAGUCUAAAUUGCUUUUGACCGAUACGGAGGAACUGGACGAAACCGAAACGAACCUGCGGCUAAACCUGGAUUAUUCGAACAAAAGGACGAAAUUCAGGAUCACGGCUGCGAUCCAGAGGGAGACGCCGCAGGAAGUGGAACAGACGAUCAAUUCGGUCGAGGAGGAUCGGAAAAUGUACCUGCAAGCGGCCAUCGUGCGUAUAAUGAAGAGUCGGAAGGUGCUCAAGCAUAAUUUGUUGAUACAAGAGGUUUACUCGCAAUCGAAAGUAUCCUUCGCCCCCAGUGUGCAACUGAUCAAAAAAUGUAUCGAAUCGCUGAUCGAUAAGCAGUACAUCGAGCGCACCAAAGACUCCAGCGACGAAUACAGUUACGUCGCCUAGUCGAUAUCAUCCUCCGUUUCCUCACUACUAAAUUAUCAUUUUCUCAACGAUUCGAUGCCGUUUUACGGACGGAUUAUCGCGAAUGCGGUCGCGUUUAUUUAUUUUUCGCGGUUGCUCGAUGCCCUCGCGCACCGCUGCUGGUUCGAUUAGGAAACUUUUGCGCCUGUAACAUACUGUAAAUAAUAAUUAAUUCACGUUUCGUUUUUUUUUUUUAAACUAAAUUAAUGUUGAUUCUUUUGUGAAGGGAGUGCUCCCCCGGAACUGCCCGUUUAGGAUCCGAGUUGUACCGUGUUGUUUUCGGCAUAAGUAGUUGAAUUUUUUCGGAUCCUGUAGCCUCGUUUAUUUAUCUCUGGUUAACAAUAAAAAAUAUUGUAAAAAAAAAUUAAAUAAAUAAAUAAAUACUGGUUUUUGUAAAAAAAAAA